CAAGUACUUGAUAAUUAAAUCAGUUUUUGGCUAUUUUAACUGUCAAAAAGUAUUAUAAUAGUAUUGCAAUGAUAUAGUUAUGCAUAUAUUAAUGUGAACAAAUAUGGCGCUGAAUCCAAUUAUCUGGUUAUACUUCAUAACCUUACAAUGUUCUUUUAAUCAAAGAGAUUUUAUCCUAAACUUCGAAGAGACGACACACUCUUCCGGAAAUAUGACAGGACCGUGAUAUUUGUAAGUGGAAAAGAUCGUACUUGUCGUUCAAAAUGUUAGAUCUCGAUUUUAUUAGGGAAUAUUUUAGUAUGCAAGUUAAUGAAAUAAUUUGUUGGUGGUGGUAUUACAUUAAAGAAAUUUCAUGGCAAUUGUUAAUAGCUAUUGUCGCAUACCUUUGCGUUUGUAUUUUUCUUUAUUCAAUCUUGAAGAAAGUUAGCCACACAGCGUGGCAGCUUCCAGGUCCACCUGCCAGAAUAUUGUUAGUCACUGCUCAUCCUGAUGAUGAGGUCAUGUUCUUUGGACCACUGUUAUAUUGGAUAACAAAAUCAAAGGCUAGUGAGAUUUAUCUUCUAUGUCUUAGCAAUGGUGGGGAUAAGAGGAGAAAAGAAGAAUUAUAUGAUUGUACAAAAAUAUUAGGAAUUCCAGAAGCUAAUGUGACUAUAGUAAUGAGCACAGAGUUACCUGAUGAUCAAAAUGUACAAUGGCCAACAGAGAUAGUGGCAGAAUGUAUUUUACAUCACAUAGAAUGUUAUAAAAUUAAUGCAGUUGUAACAUUUGACAAGCAUGGUAUAAGUAGACACAAAAAUCAUAUCUCUCUGUAUUUUGCCAUAGCUGCAUUAUGUAUAGAAAAGAAAGUACCACACUAUUGUAAACUAUACGUGUUAGAGUCUGUGAAUAUAAUUAGAAAAUAUAUGCAACUCUUAGAUUUACCAGUUAGUUUAUUAUGCGCUUCAUACUGGUAUUUAGUGACAUACGAUCAAAGAAAAGUCAUAAGAAAAGCCAUGAUUGCACACAAGUCGCAAUAUGUGUGGUUUCGGAAGUUGUACAUGAUAUUUUCGCGAUAUACGUUCGUCAAUACUUUGCAAGAAAUGAGUGCUCUUGAUCUAGAGUUGGACCUCCAAUUUUUUGAUGAGUAAGUCAUGUUAAAUCGUAAAUUUGUACAGAUUGUAAUUAAUUGUACAUAAUGAAAUUUGUCUAUUAAUGUAUAAUAAAAUGGUAGGAUUCUGAAAGUACUUUAAAACUAUUUUAAACAACUAAACGUAUGUGUCGAUUAGAAAGUAUUUUUUAUUUGAUCUUACAAGAAUAUACAAAUGUUUAAAAAAACAAAUACAGAACAAACUUGAUAAUAAAUCCAUCUUUUGUUCGUACAGUAAUUUUUCUCAUACAAUUAUUUAUUGCAACUUUGUAUAAAUGAAACUCACUGUCCAAUUUGAUAUGUAUUUAUAUAAUGUGCGCGAUAUAGUACUUUUUGAACGUAUCAUACAGUCGGAAAUAGUCAGAAUUACGAAAUAAUUUGAGCAAGUUGAACUUGUGACAUAUCUUAACCAUAGGUAUUUGUGUUAAAUAUUGUCUACCAAUAAUAACAUGUAAUAUAUA